AUUUGUUAAUUACUCAGGUAUACAUAUCAACGCAGCAUAGCACGCAAUGACCCGAUACUGAAUAAUUUAUAAAUAUUGUUGGCAGGGGUGCUAACUUUCAAUCAAUCAUUCAUGUUUGAUCAUAAUAUAUACGGUAAAGUGGUCAUCAGUCCUGACUCCCAAAAAAAAUUUGGAGUCCCAACCAAAAACGACGUCGUUUCUUGAUCCCAGCCCCUAGUUCUUCUCCGCCCCUUCUGCAAUCAUCUCCAUCUCCUCCGCUUCUGCAAUCAUCUUCAUCAUCUCCAAUAUGAACAAAGUGCCAAACAAAUUAUGAGGAUUGUAAGGAAGAAAGCAAAGGGACCACAAUUCCGGAAAUGAUAGGAAUAACGGCAAAGUUGGGUCGGCGGCGUGAGACAAUUGCAAAAGGGGUGAAGAAGGAGAUGGAGAUGAUUGCAGAGGGGGGUGGCAGCAGUGGCUGGAUUUUUGAGUGAAAAAUUGAAGGAAUUGGAGGAGCGAGAAACAGGGGCUGGGGAUUUUUGGAGAAAAGACGAACAGCAGACUGUAUAUUUUGGGAGAAAACGACGUCGUUUGGUCGGGACUCCAAUUUUUGUUU